AUGAGCCAAGGAUCUGGCGGCUACACCAACUCAGAUCCGCACCUAAACAGCCAUCUCCCGAUGGCGCAGGAUUCGAGGGAGCCUACUAGCAGCCCGUCGUAUUCGUCACGAGGAGCGGAGGAAGUUGUUCUUCCCAUGGGAAUCACGGAGCAACUGGGCGAGUUGCAGUACGUGGAUGAAAGCUCGAACCCCACCGGCACAUCGGCGGAGGUGAACAUCUCAGCACAAAUCCAUAAGAACUUUUUCAUGGGCGAGAAAUUCUUUACAUGCUAUCGUCGAAACUACAUGGCAUGUAACUGUUCCUUCUCGCUGUCGCCAUACUUUCCCGGAGUGUCACUGCAGUUCAGCCGAGGGAACCAGGCAGAUCCAGUGAAACUGUAUGGGUUCGCCAUGUGCCUCUCGGCGAUUGUCUCUGAACACCACCACCAGGAGGUGUUGAUCCUGCAGCACACCACGAGGCGUGACAAGGGGCCUAUUACUUUACCAGGGAAGCAGCGCGCGGGCCCCAAGAUCAGGCACGGCCAAAUGACGCCACCUCAACUGGGUGGCAGUUUUCACCAUGGCCAUGUUGUUGUGCAGGGGCAGUCGACGCACUACGGGGAUAGGUGGACGCCCGACGGUGUGCAGGCGCUGCCAACAGAGGUUGCCUAUGACCGCAUGCAGUUCAAGUCGGCGACGGCCAACAACGGGGAGCGAAGGGCUGGCCAGCAGCGCUACCAGCUGGUCGUCGAGCUGUGGGGAAACGCGGCAAGCGAACCCGGCAGGGAAGACUGGGUCAAGGUCGCAGUGCAACGGUCGACUGACAUUGUCGUCCGGGGGCGAUCGCCAGGCCACUAUCAAAAGGACAAGAGCAAGAGCCCAGGUAGUGGCAGUGGUGGAACUGCUUCGUCGCACGGAAACCCCCCUGCGAACGCCGGUGCGGGCGCGAGCGACUACCAUGGCGGGAUGCCUGGUGGGUACCAGCCCAACAGUACCUAUACGCCAGGGUCGUACGAUCACCGGGGCGGCAGCGACAUCUACAGUGCCGUUGGUGGCGGGCACAACCGUCGCGACAUGCUGGCGGCCUACUCGAUGGAACAACACAAGGCCUGUGACCAUGCAAGAGAUAUCCCCACGUCAUUCGCGAACUUGGCGCCAUACACGGACGCAGGGCUGUACGGGCACCAGCAGGGGGUGCUGCAGACGAUGGGCGUGUCCCCGCAAGACCUCCACGGGAAACAGUUGCCGCCGCCGCAGUCCCAGAUGCGACUUGGGAUCGACCCACGCUACAACGUCAGCCAUCCCACCAAUCCCGCCAUCUUAUUACCCCCCCCAACCGCAGCUUGUAUGCCAGCAGCUCCAUGA